AUGGCCGAUUAUUUUCAACCAAGCUGGGAUUCUCCAUCGACAUCCUAUAAGAUCCGACCACAUUCCUAUUCGUUUAUCCUUGAAGCAGGACCACCCUUAAACCCCUCAACCCUUUUGAUUCUUGGAGGCUUGGAUGAGGGACCUGAUGUAAAACGGAAUUCCAUAGUUGCAAUAAAAGACAAUGCGGGGAAAUGGUUAGAGUCCAAAUCGGACGUUGGGAAUUAUCUCCCUUUCUGUGACUGCCUUGACAAAUACAUUCACGGUGGCAUUACGGAUUUGGAUAAUGCUAAGCUUGAUGCCAUACCUACAGUAGAGGAAAAUUUUCAAGUUGUCAAGAGCAUGCAUCCCAUUGAAGCCCCUGGGCUUGAUGGGAUGCCUACUCUUUUCUAUCAAUGGUUUUGGAGCACAGUAGAAGAAGACAUCAUCAAAAUGGUCCAGAAUGCCUUUCGCUCGGUUUUCAUCCUAAGAUCCAUCAAUCGGUCCUUUAUUAUUCUUAUUCCAAAGACCAAACAAGUGUCAACCUUCAACCAGCUGCGGCCAAUCAGCCUUUGUAACACCACCUGUAAGAUAAUGACAAAAAUUUUGGCUGACAGAAUUAGACCAGUACUAGACAAGAUUAUCUUUCCUUUCCAAGCAGCGUUCAUAUUGGGACGGUGGAUUGGUGAGAAUUCAUUUCUCGUGAAUGAAAUUGUGCAAACUAUGAAGCAAAAGAAAAAAGGAGCAGGUCUGGUGGGCUUUAAAAUUGAUUGGAUGAAGGCCUAUGAUAGAUUUGAUUGGGGAAUGCUGACACUAAUACUAGCAAAUUUUGGUUUCUCUAGCAAGGUCAAUGCACUUAUCCUCGAGUGUAUUUCUAUGGAAUCGGUUCACCUAAUGCUCAAUGGGAGUAUCUUCAGUAAAAUUGAUAUGCAACGAGGCCUCAGGCAGGGCGAUCCCUUAUCCCCCUUUUUAUUGAUUAUAUACACUGAGUUGCUGUCCCAAAUGCUGUUACAUCUCGAAAGAAAAAGGAAAAUUCAUGGGAUUAAGAUUGGUAGAACAAGCCCAACAAUCAUUCACCUUCUUUUUGUAGAUGAUAUUUUACUGUUUUGCAGGGCCAAUUUAGAAGAAGUUAGAGAACUGGGGAAAGUGAAAUCACGAAUUAAGAAGUUUUUUGGUCUAAAUGAGCUACCAAAAGACACCAAAUACCUGGGCAACCCUUUAUUUAUAAGCAGGCAUCAUUUAACUGAUUAUGCAGAUCUCAGAAACAAGGUGGAAGCUGUAGAUUCGAAUAAAGUUUGGGUCAAGGCGUUAAAAGCUAAGUACUUCUCGGGGAGCUCCUUUAUGAAUUGCAAGUUGAAGAAAAAUAGUUCCUGGUCAUGGAGAGGAAUUAUGGCCUCCCGAAAACUCUUAUCAAAUGGUUUGUGUUACAGAGUGGGUAAAUGGUCGAACAUCAAUUUUUGGGAAGAUACUUGGGUUCCCAAUAGCCUAAACUUCAAACCUACACCUAUGUCCGAAGAAGCAAGACUAUGUUGCGGAAUGGUGGAUUCUCUGCUCAAUCCAAAUGGCUCGUGGAGGCCGAAUAAACUACAACAACUUUUUGAUAGUGGUACCAUCAACAACAUUUGUAAAAUUCCUCGUACUAAUCGAAGACUGGAGGAUAGGCUUAUUUGGAACGGCACCACAAUUGGCUAUUAUAGUGUGAAAUCGGCCUAUACUUUGGAAUACUGGAACACUUUUUCUAGUUCUACAUUGUGGAAGCAUUUAUGGGAGUCCAAAAUUCAUGAAAGGCUUUAG